AGCCACAGGAAUCUCUCCUCGUGUAGGCUAGGCUAGGAGUGGUUUGUCGCCGCUGCCGCGUCACCAACUCGUAUCGUCUCCCACCCACCCACCCUCCCGUCCUCGUGCCCGCGGCGGCGAUGGAGUCCCUGGGCGUGCUCCUCCUCCACCCCAUGAACGCGUACCUGGAGCAGGAGCUGGACCGCCGCUGCCGCCUGCACCGCUUCUGGGAGGCCCCGCCGGGCCCGCCCCGCGACGAGUUCCUCCGCGCGCACGCGGGCUCCAUCCGCGCCGUCGUCGGCAACGCCUCCUACGGCGCCGACGCCGCGCUCAUCGACGCGCUCCCGGCGCUCGAGAUCGUCGCCUCCUUCUCCGUCGGCAUCGACCGCGUCGACCUCGCCAAGUGCCGCGAGCGCGGGAUCCGGGUCACCAACACCCCCGACGUCCUCACCGACGACGUCGCCGACCUCGCCGUCGGGCUCGCCAUCGCCGUGCUACGCAGGAUCCCGCAGGCCGACCGAUUCGUCCGCGCCGGCCUGUGGAAGGCCAAGGGCGACUACGCACUCACCACGCGGUUCAGCGGUAAAAGAGUGGGCAUCAUUGGGCUGGGCAGGAUCGGGCUGGCCGUCGCGAAGCGAGUGGAGGCCUUCGACUGCCCGGUGAACUACUACCAGCGAACGAAGCAGGACUACCCCAACUACACCUACUACCCAUCCGUGGUGGAGCUGGCCGCCAACAGCGACCUCCUGGUGGUGGCGUGCCCGCUGAACGCUCAGACCCGGCACAUCGUGAACCGGGAGGUGAUGGAUGCCCUGGGCCCCAAGGGCGUGCUGAUCAACAUCGGGCGUGGGCCUCACGUGGACGAGCCCGAGCUGGUAGCGGCGCUGGUGGAGGGCCGGCUGGGCGGCGCCGGGCUGGACGUGUUCGAGGACGAGCCGAACGUGCCCGAGGCGCUGUUCACGAUGGACAACGUGGUGGUGGUGCCGCACAUUGGGAGCGGCACAAACGAGACCCGCAAGGGCAUGGCGGACCUGGUGCUCGGCAACCUGGAGGCGCACAGCCAUGAGAUGCUUUCUCCCUUGCGUGCCUGUCUCUUGAUCGCCGGAACGUACGCCGGCAGGAUGAAGCACACGACGUCGGAGUCGGACGUGACGAGCAUGGCGACGACGUCGCCGCCGCGUACCCCCAAGACCCCGAAGCGGCCGGCGUACUAUCCGGAGCUCCCCCGGUGCUGCGUCGCCGCCUUCUGGCUCUCGGUUGUCCUCCUGGCGUUCACCGUCAUCUGCCUCAUCGUCUGGGGAGCUGCUCGCCACUACAAGCCUAGCGUCGUUGUCAGGAGCUUGACAGUGCACAAUUUCUACGUCGGCGAAGGCACUGACCGCACCGGCGUGCCGACGAAGCUGGUCACGCUGAACUGCUCACUGAAGAUAAAUGUCCACAACCCCUCCACAAUGUUCGGCGUCCAUGUUUCGUCAAGCUCGAUUCGGCUCAUGUACUCUGAGAUUGAGAUCGCCAACGGCCAUUUGGACAAGUUUUACCAGCCACGAACCAGCCAUCGCGUCGCCUCCGCGAUCCUGCACGGCGAGAAGACCCCUCUGUACGGAGCCGGCGCCACGCUUGCUCCGGCCAACGCCGGAGGCAGGGUGCCACUGACGCUGCAGCUGGCCGUCAGAACCAGAGGAUAUGUGAUGGGCAAGCUGGUGAGGGUGACACACGCGAGGCGUGUGAGGUGCCCGGUCGCCAUCGAUCCCGGCAGCUCCAAGCCAGUUAGGAUCCGUCAGAGCGCUUGCAGUCACACCUGAGGUAGCAGCUUGAGG